CACUGAUGGGGCUCCAUCGAUGUGUGGAGACAAAAAAGAUGGACGUAUUGCCAGGAUUCGGCAAGUGAAAAAGUCUUUAAAUUUGCCACACGACUUUGUGGCCAUUCACUGCUUGAUUCACCAGGAAAAUCUAGCCGCCAGAGUCGUGGAUUUUCCACAUGUCAUGGAUGUGGUUGUGAAGACAGUCAAUUUCAUUCGGACUAAUGCUCUCCAACACCGAAAAUUUCAGACUCUGCUGAAGGAUAUUGGGAGUGAUUUCAUCACUGUCCCAUAUUACACCAAGGUGCGCUGGCUUAGCAGGGGAAAGGUUCUACUUAGAUUUUUUCUUCUUCGCGAAGAGAUUUAAACUUUCAUGAAGCAAGCAAAGAAUCUCGUUCGAGAACUUGACGACCCAAAGUGGAUCGAAGAUCUGGCUUAUUUCGUGGACAUUUGUGGACACCUAAAUAGUCUCAAUACCAAAACGCAGGGAAAGGACAACCUCAUUAGCGAUUUGAAGCGCCAUCUGGAUGUCUUCAAAGAAUCUGUUUUGCUAUGGAAAGACCAGGUUUCCAAAGGCGACAUGUUCUUUUUUGAGUGUGUCAAAUCCCUACAGCAACCGGCCAGUGCUCGUCUGCGAAAAAUAAUGGUCAUGUCAUUGGGAAAGUUGCAUGAGGAAUUUUCAUCUAGUUUUUCAGAGCUGGAUACAUUAGAAAACGAGCUGCACCUGUUCUGCUCCCCCUUCCUGUUCCCUGUAUCUGAAGCACCCCAUGAAUUACAAGUUGAACUGUUGGAGCUUCAAAAGGAUGCUCUUCUAAAAGAUCGAUUCAAUUCCAUGCCCAUGAUAGACUUUGUUAAAUUGAUCACGAAAGAGCGCUUCCCUAAUCUGAGGCCAAAUUUUGCAAAUGGUUUGGCGAAAUUCGGGUCGACGUACAGGUGUGAACAAAUAUUUUCAUUAAUGAAAUUAUGCAAAAAAGUUUACCGUUCGACAAUGUCUCAUGAUCAUCUGUGCCAACAAUUGCGCGUUAUGGCUAGCUCGAGAAUAAAGCCCGACAUGUCUGAGCUCAUGCUCCUCAAAAAGGCACAGGUGUCAAGUGCUACUACAAUCUGA